AUGACGAGAUUCUCUAAGGUCGCAGCAGUGUCGGUGCUGGCCACCACUGCAUAUGCCCAAUGUGGCUCGGCGCCGGACGCCACGGUUGACGGCACAGAGGGCGCCUACACGGCCACAGUAGGCUCGUCCGAGGUGUACUCGGGCAGUGACUACUACACGGCCAUCAAAGAGGCUCUCGACGGCAUCACGUCUGGCCAGACUGUCUCUGUGAUUGCGUCGGGCUCCAUUGGAACGAAUGCCAUCCACAUCGACAGCGGCAAGACGUUCGAGGGUUGCGGCACCAUCACCGCUUCUAUAGCCAAUGGAAAGGGAGCCAUCGAGUCCUUGAACACGAACGAUGUCAACAUCCCCUACCUCAACCUUGCCGGCGAGGUGUACUUCGGCCUGCACUUCUACGGUACGACUGGCCUGACCUUGGGCGAGAUCAAUAUGGACCUUACUGCCGGCAUUGGCAUUCGGUUCGACCGGGACGAGGCCGCCAACUCCAAUGUGAAGAUGGGCACUAUCACCGUCACAGGAGCUAGCUCCCACGCCGUUGAGACCUGGAACAUCGACGGGCUCACUAUCGACUCAGUGAUCGCCAAGAAUGUUGGCGAAUGCGGUCUGCUCCUUCAAAAGACCACAAACGCCCAGGUCGGACUCGUGCAAGGAGAUAACGCCGGCGCCGGAACCGGCUACGCGACGCUGCGUUUCGCGAACCAGAACGGCAUGCUUUCCGAUGGCAGCUACACUACCAACGUGGUCAUCGACAAGGUCGUCUCUACCGGCGGCGGCCGCGGUAUCUUCUGUGUGUCAGAGUCUGGUGGUGCCGAGAUUGGCACGGUUGACCUCUCGGGCAACGAGAACAACGCCAUCCUCAUCGAGAACUGCUACAACGUGGCGAUCAAGGCCGGCACCGUCGAGGGGGGAGGCGAGGUCCGCAUCUCGGCCCGUGACGAGUUCGCCAACACUCGUGACAUCAGCCUCACCCUCGAGGUCAACGACAACUCGGUCAGAGAGUCGCCCUGCUCUGAGAACCCCACCUUCAGCAUCACGGGUAGCGCGACGAUGGAUGUCUGCUGA